UUUAAUCUGACUAAGCAAGAUGCCCAAGUAUUAUUGUGAUUAUUGUGACACAUAUUUAACGCACGACUCACCAAGUGUAAGAAAAACACAUUGUACCGGUAGAAAACACAAGGAUAAUGUAAAAUUUUACUAUCAAAAAUGGAUGGAGGAACAAGCACAACAUCUCAUCGACGCUACCACAGCAGCUUUCAAAGCUGGAAAGAUUGCACAGAAUCCAUUUGGUAAUAAAGGCGCGGCUAUACCACCACCCUGGGAUCCGACUGUUAUGGGGCCGGGUGGACCCAGACCACCAGUAGCAGCACCGGGGGGACCGCCGGGAAUGAUUCCACCACCAACAAUGGGCCCUGGAGGGCCAAUGGCGCCGCCCAUGAUGAUGGGACCACACGGCCCGAUGCCGCCAAUGAUGGGCAUGGGGAUGAGGCCACCAAUGAUGGGCCCAGUCAUGGGACCUAUGGGCCCCAUGGGACCUAUGGGUCAAAUGCGACCACCUUUGAUGAAUGGACCGCCAAUGAACAAAUAGCGCCGGUUUUCUGAUCACGAAAUGUGAUAAGACAAUUGACUCAUGACAUUUAAAACUAUUUCGUUAUUUUACUGUGGCAAAGUGAUUUGUAGGUUAUGUUUUGUAUUCAAGAACAUUCUUA